AUGGACUUUACCAUCUCGCUCGCACACUUUUGUGAAAUUCACGGUCCCACGUCCAUCAUCUGCACCCAAGCCUCGACCUCCCCCUGCGGUUCCUGCAACCCGUGCGCCACUCCGCCGUCCGAAGACCCGCAAACGGCCUACGCCUGCGACGCCCUCUACGCCAGCCAGCCGCCUGCCUCUCUCAACCUCAACCUCCACGCGAACCUGCCGCGCCCCCUCACCUCGCCCUUGGCGACUCCCCCCACCAGCCCACGCUCCCCGACCAACAACUCGUACUUUCCCACCUUCCCCCCCUCGUCUUCCUCCUCGGCCAGCUUUGCCCACCCCCGCCGCCCCAGCAGCUCCAUCGACUCGGAUGGCGAGACGUGCGAGAACUGCCAGAUGGUAGUGCCCAAAAAGUACAGCGACAAGAUCCCCAGCGGUGCCCCAGGCAGUCCCUCCAAGGACGGCCGCGGUAGGAACGGCAGCCCGGUCCUGCGAACCUGCAAAACCUUCCCCGUCCGCCGCCUGCCUUGCUCUCCCGAUGACGGCAGUAGCACCGACUCGUCCUCGGACCUCUCAGACACGGAGCCGUCCACCUCCUUCCCAAGCGCCAAGUCCAGCCUCGACCCAGACUCGGCACCCGCUUCGCCCUUUCUCCUCUCCUCCCGCGACAUGCACACCCACACGCUCAACUACAUUUCCACAAGCCAGCCCCAGUCGCCGACGACGUACUCGUUGCUACGCCGCACCUGCAUCCGCGCCCUUUCCACCGAGGUCCUCCCGUCUAGCAAGUCGUCUGGCCCGAUGAUGUUUGGAGAUCCCGCCGCGGGCAACACGAUUGCCUAUGUCUUUCGUCUGCCAGAUCCAAGGUCGCGCGGUGCCAGGCGAACCUAUGCCCUCAUCGCCAUGACCGGCCGCAACGAUCGCCGGGCCCCGAAAGCGUUUGUCCAGAUUCUCGAAGUGUUUGAGAGGGUCGCGAAUCGCAUCGUCGCCAUGGCCAACAACACGCUCGAGCGCGAACACUCGGUCUCGCAGACGCUCGCACGACCCAACACCACGACGGCUGCCAUUUCGAGCCCCUCUCCGCUCCACCCUUCUUCCUCGUCCUCGUCCUCGUCCAUGCCACCCUCUUUCAAGUGGGCGCAAAAGGACCAGAGCCCGUCUUCGACGGCCAGCUCCCCGACGCGCAACAUCACCCCAGUCUCGUCCUUUUUAUCCGCCAAGAGACUGGACCCGGACGGCUUCCCUCGCCUCUCCCGCGACCUGAUGAAGGCCAAGAGCUUGAAUGAAAUCGUCGGCCAAGACACCUUUUUCGUCGAGCUGCACACCCUCUUCUGUAACCUGUUGCACUCGCUCAUCAUGCAGUUUGGAUAA